CCGACGCACGCAGAGGCCCCUAUGAAUAAUGGCCCAUCUUGCUGGAAGUUGAAGAGAAAGCUUGGGCAUCGGGCCACGUCUCCUUUAUGUGAGGUCCCUAACUUCUUACACGCGAUGCCACGUCAUUGUUUAUCCAGCUGCGCGAUCGUCCCAAAAGGCUACUUGAGCAAAUACAAUCCCGACAACUCCUACUGAGAUUACCUAGACAGCCGCUAUAGGAGCUAUUCGACGACAAACAACUGUAGUCGGUAUCGUCUUCGGCUUUCUACCUAAGUAAGUAAGGCGGUCCAGUGUGCAAGGCCACGAAAGGCCCCAACAAGUUCUGGGGAACUGAAUCUGCUGUUGACAUAAUGCAAUCAACGCCGCACGAAUUGUUCGACAGAGAAGAGCCAUGGCCGAGAAGACUACUUCAUGUCCCGAGCAUGACGAGCCAUUGCUGGCAACCCGGGGACACGUACGGAGGGAUAAAGCGGCCACAAUACAAUAUUCUAUCGUACACCUGGGGAAGGUGGGAAGACAAGACUGGCAAAAUGCCGAACGCAGAGCCAUUGCAUUUUAACGGCAUCGGCUGGCCUGUGCCCAGAAUCGAUCCUCAACACUUUAGUGCAUCACAGUUCCAGGCAGUUGUGCACAAAACUGUUCGGGGAGAUGGACUUGAACACAUGUGGCUGGAUGUAGCAUGUAUCGAUCAGAGGAGAAAUUCGCCGGAAAUGGCAUGCGAGAUUGGACGCCAGGCUACAAUCUUUAACAGCGCGAAGAGAUGCUUUAUCUGGUUGAGCCGACACAGCACUCCCGAGCUUCAAGAAAUCGCGUCACAGUUCAAAAGCUUGGAGACUGUCGAGGACGUGGAUGAGAACACCUUCAGCUCAGCACUGCACACUCUUCGCCAUCUCAAAGAAGACCCUUGGUUUUCUUCGCUGUGGACACUUCAGGAAUCUUGGAUGAAGGGACAAGCCAUAUUUCUUUCAAAGUCUGCCGACGAAGUGUCUUUUGGGACAGAAGCAUUCGAUUUGAUGUCCCUUAUGCAGGCAUCGGUCGGGCUACUUAGAAGGCUCAAGGGAAAUCUCCGGGUGCGGCUGAACGAUAAGACGUCCAGUACGUGCCAGUUCGAAGAGCUUGUUCGAACAAGCGGCUUCUAUGCGCUCACAAACGCUAUCAAUCCGCUCGGACUCCUUGCCGCAUCCGGCCUUCGAGAAGUUAGAGCUGAAGAAGAAAACAAUCGCAUCUAUGCCAUCAUGCAGGUCUUUGGUUUCCAGCUAGGAAUCUCGGCUCUAGACGCACCAAAUGGCAAGGAAUAUGCCCUUCCAGAGUUAGAAGACCAGAUGGGCGUUGCACUCCUGCACGACUUUCCGCUCGUCAGCCAACUACACGUUUUCGACUCGCCGCCGGUGAAAGGAACCGCAUGGCAUAUUUCUCGCCACAGUACCAUCGCCAGGGGCCUUGAUCCUAUCUGUUAUCGACUAGGAGUUGUCACAAACCACGACAAGAGGAUUCAAUUUGGUGUUCGACCCUACAAUGGCCGUUUGUUCGGUUACUUCAAAGGUGCUACUAUCGCGUUCAAACACCUUUUUGAAGCGUGUCGACGACUCGGCCCUCGCCCUAGGUCCAGCACCUCACUCAAGACGUCUGGAAAGCGACGACAGCUUUUGGCUUUGGAUAGGCUGCCGUUGCUUGAGAGUCGAGGAUUUUCGCAUGAGCAUUUUGACCGUACACGAUACGUUCCACAUGAAGACGCACAUAUCGGACACUGUCAAAAGCUCCUGAAAUGCUUGGCUGAUCAUGAGCUGAACGUGUUGCUCCUCGGGCGGGAGAUGUUUCCAAAUCACACUAGGCAAUUCGCUGUUGGCGUACUGCUCGUAAAAGAGAAUUGGCAUUCAGAUUGGACCCGUAUUGGGGUCUUCACAUGGUUUACCGAUGAAUGCAUUAGAGGGCACAUGAGUGCGCGAGACCGAGCUAUAGUGAACGGCGAGAAGGAUCAUUGGACUGUGACAGAAGGCCUUUUCGGUUAGCUAGCUAAAAUCUACCCUAGUAAGCAUUUCGAUAUCGUG